AGGGCGCAUCCCACCGACCGAAACGAUGCUGAGCGAAGUGGCUGUGACUGCGUCCUCGGCGGACACCGGUAUAUUCCUUUGGGACAUCCGGUCCGGCACCGUGCUGGCAUCACUCAAGGGCAACAAAUCCACGGGCCGCGUGCUUUCGGCUGUCGCCGGUGUCAACGGCUCGCUGACGACGUCGGGGUUGUUGGUAGCCCAGAGCGACAAGGCUGUUAUCAACUACUGGUCAUGGACAAAGGAGCAAUUUCAGGCCAAGUUCGUGGUUCCCGAAAAGCUUGCUGCAAUCGUCGCUUCACACAACGGGUCUAUCUGUGUGGGAGGCAGCCAGUCGGGGCGAGUUUAUGUAUGGGAGCUUGCGACAGGCAGUCUCCUGAAGAUGUUUGAUGCCCACUACAAGGCCAUCAAGGCAGUAUGCUUUACUUCCGAUGACGCCUUCUUCGUGACCGGCAGUGAAGACUCGAUUGCAAACGUCUGGCUGAUGGGCAGCGUCCUCGACCCAAGCGGGCCCGAGUCUCCGGCCCCGUUCCACACGCUCUCUGGACAUACCCUUCCUGUCACCGAUGUUGCCUGCAGCGUCGGCAUGGCCGGGCAUGCCAGGGUGUUCACGUCCUCUUUCGACCGAACAUGCAGAAUAUGGGAGCUAGCGACAGGAACUCCUUUGGUCACCGUCAACUACCCAAAGCCAGUGACGUCCGUGGCCGUCAACGCCCUCGAGACGUGCCUGUAUGCAGGCGGAUCCGAUGGCCUCAUCUACGGCACCCGUCUCUACAAAAACGAGCAAGAGACAGGAUACAGCGUGACAGCGCCAAAGCAAGGCUCUGUCGAGGAUGGCUCGCAUGAGAAUCUCGUCUAUCAGGGACACAGCCAGACGAUCACAGAUCUGUGUCUUUCGUUUGACGGCUCGCUGAUGCUCUCGAGCUCGGAAGACGGCACAGCGAUUGUGUGGGAUACAUCAAGUCGACAGGCGAUCCGCAACUUUGCCCAGCACAAAGCGGCCGUUACGAGCGCCACGAUCAUUUUCCGACCCCCCGAAUUACUGGAUGCAAAUGCCAAGCCCAUCCGGCCCGCGCCUCGCGCUCUCAAGCGCUACCAAAAGUCGGCCGAGACAGACGGGUUGUCAACCGGAGACGACGACAAGAUCAUCCUGCCAGAGCCUGGGUUCAACCUGCAGCAGCCACCCGGCCCAUCGGACGAGAGAUCGGCGGCAUCGGUCCAACAGACCCUGUCGCUGAUUACGCAACAGGGCAGUGACGAGCAUCUCAACGAGAUCGAGCGACUCAAGCUGGAGAUCUCCAAGCUGAAGCAUAACAACUCGCUCCUGAAGAAAGCCAACGACGAGCUGUAUCAGGCCAUGGCAAAGAAAGCAUAGACGCAAUCCCGCAUCGCGCCGCUGUUUGCUUCCUGCGGCCGAGUCUCCCGAGCGAGACACAAAUACAGUGCGGUCAAUAGUGCCCAUCAUUCCUAUCGGCACGCGGAGCACACCCCGUCUUGACGAAUGUGUAGGGAUUCUGGAAGCUGCUGUCGCCAUGGCUUCAGAAUACACACCUACAGUGGCGCCCGCC